AUGUCCUCGAAGCUGCCGAAAACCGCUUUGAAUUUGAAGCAGUUUCUCCUCCGUCAAGAAGUUCUCAAGCUCUACAGAGAUAUAUUUAGGACACUAAGAAAAGUCAAAGACGAAGGUACAAGAGCUGAACUAAAGGAAUGGGCUAGAUCAGACUUCAGGAACAAUAUGCAUCACAUCGAUAAAACUACAAUAAAAGCUAUGUUAAACCAUGGAAAAAAAUCUUUAAAGGAUUUGCAAAAUUCCAUGGCAUUGAGCAACAGUUAG